UGCGUCGCGUCUCGCGCCAUGAGCGUUGCGUGUUUAGACGGCCGCGUAUCAAGUUAUAAAUAGUUCAACUUGAAAAAGACCCGCAUUCACAGCUGUUUUGAACUCCAGAACGCGUCACGUGUAGGGGGUCGUACAAGAUGCAUAGAAUAUGCACACAUGCGCCGUUGCGUUGCGUCUCGCUGCUUCUAUCAGCGUCUCUCGCAAAUAGCGUUGCGUUUUAAGACGCGUGUCAAGUUAAAAAUAGUUCAGCUUUUAAAAAUGCUUCUUGAGAUCCCCGCGUUCACAGUUCUGUUCCUUCGCGAGUUUUUUGAACGCAAGAACGCGUCCGGUGAACGCCCCAGGCUUUACGAACCGGCGUCGCGCUCUAGCAGUGUCGCCCGUUUAGUUGGAGCGUUGUAGAAGGUCGCGUCGCGUCCAGUGUACAUGGGUUGUAGAAUGAUGAGGCGUGGGGAGGGUUCGGCUGGCCAAUGCGCCAAUAGACGCCAAUGGCUUGGAAAGCCGCUUCUGUGCGCAUGAUAGUAUGAAGACGCGGAGACUCUCAGACGCGUAGAGAUUUCACACAGAUGUGAUUGCGAAAAUAUUCCGUAUAUCUGAUAAUAAAUGGACGGACCAGGAGCAGAAGCAUUCGCGGUCCACUUGUCACCGAGGGAAAGCAAUUAUUGGAAAUAAUGGGGAAUGCAACACCCAAACCACUGAUAGAUGCCAGCCUACAGCAUCGCCCGGUGGCCAGUCGGCAGUACUGCACAGUUUCCAACAGUGGAGCAGAGCGCCGCACAUCUGCCCCUCCAAUCAGCAUCGACUCUCCCCGUUUUCACCCUCACGCCAAGGGCAAAAACAUCCGGCUGGACACACAACUGCGCCGGGCCAUCCGGAAGAACAGUUUCUGCAACGGCAUCACCUUCAGCCAGCGUCCCGUGCGUCUGUAUGAGAAGGUGCGCUUGCACCUCUCAGGAGUCCACACAGGCUGGAGCGGGGCUCUCCGUUUCGGUUUCACAAGUUUAGACCCUGGCGAGCUUGGCUUAGCUGACAUCCCCAAAUAUGCUUGUCCUGACCUGGUGACACGGCCAGGAUUCUGGGCCAAGGCUCUGCCUGAACGGCUGGCCAUGCGGGACAAUGUUCUGGCCUUCUGGGCUGACCGACACGGACGGGUCUUCUACAGCAUCAAUGAUGGCGAGCCCAUCCUCUUUCACUGCGGGCUAAGUGUUGCCUGCCCGCUCUGGGCCAUCAUAGACAUCUAUGGAAUCACGCAGGAAGUUACACUGCUGGAGAGCACGUUUGCUGAGAGCGUGGGUGCCAGCUGUCUGAGUGCCGCUCGACUCAGCGCCUAUCUGCCCCAGAGCAACCACGACUCGGCCAACUACAGCAACAACCAGCUAGAGACCAACCAGGCCGCGGCAGCAAAGAUUGCCACGCUACAGCUCAGCAGCUACAACCAGCUCAUCCCCUGUUGCUCCUCCUCCUCUACGCCCUCUUCCUCCGUCCACAGGGCCAUCCGCGGCCUCUCCUCGCCCCUCGACACCGACCUGCACUUUCACCCAGUGCGAGGCCCUGACGUGGUUCUCUCCAAUGAUCGCACCGUCGCGUGUACCCACUUUCUGGACAGCAGCAGGACUCUGAUGUUCAGCGACAGGCCCGUCCGGGCGGGCGAGACUCUGUACGUGGAGGUGGGCCAUCUGGGCUUGCCUUACUUUGGGGCUCUUCUCUUUGGUAUGACCUCUUGUGAUCCUGGCACGCUCAGUGCCGGGGAUCUGCCAGCGGACCCGGAGGUGCUUCUAGACCGUAAGGAGUACUGGGUGGUGUACAGGGGUUUUCCUGUGCCAACGGCGGGCGACGUGCUCAGCUUCACCUUUCUGCCUAAUGGGGAGGUGCAUCACGGGGUCAACGGAGGGGCACGUGGGCGUCUCUUGUGUGUCGACUCCUCUCAGGUUCUGUGGGCCUUCUUCACGCUCCAUGGGGCCGUGAACCGACUCAGGAUAUUAGGAACUGUUCAGGCCAGCCCACCCACCUCCCCGUCAGUGUCUCAAGGAUCAACGCCUGAUGACAGUGACUCUGAUCUGGCUUUCAGUGUCAACAGAUCCUCAUCAGCAUCUGAGUCGUCUCUGGUGACAGCUCCCAGUUCUCCUCUCAGUCCUCCGGUCUCACCGACUCUGUCCUCGUCAGACGCGCCUCUGAGCAGCAAGAUCAGCGAGUGCACCGUGUGCUUCGAUCAGGAGGUGGACACCGUCAUCUACACGUGUGGACACAUGUGUUUGUGUAACGACUGCGGACUGAGGCUCAAGAGACAGAUCAACGCGUGCUGUCCGAUCUGUCGGAGACCCAUAAAGGACGUCAUUAAAACCUACAGACCAUGAAGGACUCGAAUGAUUCAAAACUCGGUAGCUGUGGUUGAAUAUCUGGACUAAACUUGUAUUUAAGCCUGUGUAUGUAGCUUUGAUUUGUGUAGCAUUAAGCUCUUGUCCAUAUUUCUCUCACCUCAUAUUUUAAACACAGAUCAUCUGAAGCCAAAUGUAAUUGGUUUAUGGUUUAUGAGGAUUAACAAAGGUUAAUCUCAAUUCUGAUCAGAUAUUUCUAGUGCCUUUAACGUUGUUCCUAAAGCAGCACCUAAUGGAUUAGACAAUCAUAUCCGAGUGUGAAUUAAGAAGUAAUUCAGAGGGACCUCAAGAUAAGGAAAGAAUGUGUAAGUGAUUAAUACACAGGGCUACAAAUAUGAUUUUAUAUGCUGUUUUAAAGUUUGAUUGCUGUGUUAAAGUGAAGAAAGAUUUGCAUCAUGACAGAUGAAGGGUUUGGAGAUUUGUUGCACUUAUAACUAGAGGUAAGCACUAAAACACAUCUGUCCCUCCGACUGAAGUCAUUUCAGAUGUGGAUCUGGACGACUGCAUCUUAAUUCAGAACAAAAAUACUUGGUUUAUAUAAUAGAGUGAUGUGGUAUUGUAUUGUAUUUAAUGUCAGAUUUUGUCAAAAUCUGUCAUUUUCUUCUGACCUUGACAUUUUGUUCAGUGAGCAGUAUAACAAUCAACAGGUUUAUUCUUUACAGUAAUCAUUUUUGUGUAUUUCUGGACUGUAAACACAAAUACUGCUGCAAAAUUAUUGUAGAAAUUGCAAUCAGUGCUAUUAUUGAUCAAUCCAAUGGAUAUCACUCAUGUUCAUCAGGGGACAUUAUACUUAAUAAUAAUGUUGAAAUAAAUGGCAAUGGUAAAACUAUUUACAUAAAUACAAGUACUCAUGUAAUGGACCAUAUACUACCAUCCAUUAAUCAUCACUGUAUGUUUUCUACCAAAUGUAACAAGGAAAAUCUGCCAGUGAUGACAAAAGUGUUCAGUGAUAAAAUAUAUGGUUGAAUUUGAGUUUCAUAUUGUCAAUAAAACUGGCCACAGUUCUGAAGGUUAUUUUUUAAAUACAAAUAAUGGAGAUUUCCUUGUGCUUUCCUUGCAGUGAGAAACUGAAUUAAUGCACAAAAAUACAAUAUAUAGAAAAAAAAUCCUCUACAGAAUCCUUUAGAUGUUUAGAAAUAUUCAAUAAAUUAAAUUUUACAUAAGCAACCAAAAGCUUUCUUAGAUAAAUCAGACAUAAAACUAAUAAUAUUUCUUAACUUUCUGAAUGUUAUUAAUUCAUAUAAUUACUAUUAAUAUUGAACAUAAAAUUUUUUCUUUACACAAAGUGUGAAAAUAGGCUUUUAUCUGCCGAUGCUGAUUAUUGGCCGAUAUAUCGGUGCAUCUCUAAUUCAAGGAUUGAAUUAAUUAACAGUCAAAUUUCUGAUGGCCUUCAUAGCUAUUUUUAUUUGGAUUUGCACAGGAUACUGUUAAAAAUAAAGAUCCUAAAAGGGGAUUUUCACAGUGGUGCCACUGAAGAACCAUUUUUAGUUCCUCAAAGAAUCUUUCAGUGAUCAGCUCUUUAAAGAACCUCUUUUUCUUAAUGCGAAGAACAUUUUAAUAAUCUAAAGAACCACUAUAAAGACACCUGCAGUGGGAAUGUUGAAGGUUCCUCAUGGAAACAUAUAGAUGUCAAUAAAGAAGCUUUAAUUAUGAGUGUAUCUUGAUUAACUGCGUUCUGAGGUGAGAGAGAGAAAUUCUAGAAAUGAAUGUUCGUGACGUCAUUUGUGUAAUGCUGUCGCCCUCUGCUGGUAACACAGACACUUCUUCAUCCACAGCCUCUUCAUUUUCUCUGAAACAUCUGUAGCCUUUUCCUAAACUUUUACCGAGGUUAAUGAAAUACGUAAAAAUAUCUUGAUUAAAGAACUUAACGACUAAACGA